AUGGUGACCCGGGUGCUGGUGAUCAUUUCCAACUCCAAGCUGAGAAGCAACCCAUUACACGGUUUUGACCAGGUUGCCGAGACCGUAUAUUCCGUGACAGUUGGUUACUUUUUGUGGGACAUAAUCGACACGUACAAGAACAUUGACAUUAAUGGAAUCGGAUUCAUGGCCCACGCAGUCAUGUCAUUCGGAGUGUAUCUCCUCUCCUAUACACCGCUCCUGCAGUACUACGGCGCAUGUUUCAUGAUGUUCGAGGUCAGCACCAUUUUCCUCAACUUUCACUUCUUCCUCGAGGAUUUGGGGCUGCAGGAUGCCAUUAUGUACCUUAUCAAUGGCAUAGCUCUUGUAUCUAGCUUCUUCUUUGCCCGUGUGGUAUAUGGAACGAUCAUUUCAAUCAACGUGUGGAAGCUGAUUGCCAACUCGGAGAUACCGAUCAACCCAUUCGUGGCCAACUUUAUCCGGUAUCCAACCUCACGCUCAUGGGCCUCAGCUACUACUGGUUUAGCAUAA